CCAGCUUUUCAGCCUUGUUGAGAAAUAUGGCGACAUCUAUGCUGAAGGUUGCAGUGACGCGUCUCUCCAGAUGUGCAGCUCAGCACUCUUUAUCAGUGAGGAGCUUCUCUUCCUCACGACCUGUUAGUCAGAACGUUCCUCCAUCAUUAUGGAAGUUAGGUAAACUGAACCACGUCGCCAUCGCUGUACCAGAUUUAAAGAAAGCAACAGCUUUUUAUCGUGAUGUGCUGGGUGCUCAGGUGAGCGAUACUGUUCCCUUACCUGAGCAUGGCGUGUACACUGUGUUUGUGGAGCUGGGUAACACCAAGCUGGAGCUGCUGCACCCUCUCGGAGAGAAAAGCCCCAUCGCUGGGUUCCUGGAAAAGAAUAAAGCUGGAGGAAUGCACCACAUCUGCAUCGAGGUUGAUGAUAUAAAUUUAGCAAUAGCUGAUUUAAAGGAGAAGAAGAUCAGACUGCUUUCACCAGAGCCGAGGAUUGGCGCUCAUGGAAAACCCGUCAUGUUCCUUCAUCCUAAAGAUUGUGAUGGAGUUCUGGUGGAAUUAGAGCAAGUUUAAAUAACAGCACAGCUGCCUCCUAAUAGUAAUGGAUUACUAGUUCACUAGUCUUUUCAUAUAUGAUUUAAUAUUAAAUGUAUUACUGUUCUCUUUUGCUCUACACCUACUUUUAUGACUUAAUAAAAUCAAGUUCUUGUGUAAUAUUGUACAUAAAAAUAAAUUUAUUUAAUCCAUUUAUUCUGGUUAGGAUUGCCAGGAGUCUGACAGCAUUCAGAGAAUCUAGGCACAAAGCAGGAACACACCCAGAACAGGGCAAUAGUCCGUCUCAGGGCAACCGACACACAUUUUCUUACUCUGACAGGCUAAUCUAAGUCAGACACUGCUGCUGUUCUGCUAUUUACAUGCAGAAAAUGUCUUGUUAUACACAUAGGUCAGAGAAGAAUGGCUAGGCUGGUUUGCACCUCAGUAAAUAGAAUCUCAGGUUGAACAACAUCUUGUACCUUGAGGCAAAUGGACCCGACAGCAGGAGACCAGCAAUGAAGGUACAGAUAUUUUUUUUAAAUGCCUGGCCUGCAAUUAACUUUCCAACCCUCUCAAAGGUGGUUAGUGGGGUUAAGGUCAGGGCUUUUGGCUGGCCACUAAAAUUUGUGUAACAUGUGUUGCACCAUGUCAUUAUAAAUUCCUGCAUAUAGGCACUGUUACUUUGGAAUGGACACUGCCCAGUCUGGCCGUAUAUUGUAGCUAAGUAAUACACUAAAUGCAUUAGAGGCAGAAGAAUUUUGAAUGAUCUAUUAAUCCAUCUGGUUCUCAGACUAACCUAUUGCCUCUACUCAGUGAGUUUGUUAAUAGGAAAUGAUUUGGACCAGCUCCAUCCUUUCAGUGUCUCUUUCUGCGCACUUCCAUUUGCACCACAGCUGGUGGAGGGUGAUUGUAGACUGAUGUCUGGGAAUUGUCUCUCUGUGGUUUCUAAUUCUCUAUGUUAUAUUGUUUUUGUGUUAUUAAAAUAAAAGUUAUUCUG